ACUAACCCACACCACGUUUCAAGCGAUCAUUUUAACCCAUCUUUCACUAACUCUAACCAAGUGGGGUUUGUGCUCAAAUCUAACCAGACUUUAACCACAUCGUUGUCACGUCAUAAAACAGCGAGACAAGAAAAUUUUGAAGUGGCUUUUCUUAAAUCUAGGGUUACCAUGACACUGGCGCAGUCGUCCACGCAUGCGCAGUCGGGUCUUCCGUGCUGGCAGUGGGACAGUAGUUCAGUAGGGUAAAGGUGAAGAGAGGAGCUGCUGCUGAGCACAACAUCACACUCAGAGCCCACUAAAGACUACAGAGAGCGUAUAUCUACACCACUUCUGCUGUGUUGGGUUGUGUUUAUGUAAAGUCAACAUAUCCUGAAGGCAGAAGAAAUGGCUAAUAAUUUGUCAGAGUCCCUGCCAGAGCGGACCUUCCAGUACCAAAGCAGCCUGCCUCCUCUUCCUGUACCAUCACUAGAGGGCAGCCUUUCCAAGUACCUGGAUGCAGUGCGUCCGUUUGCCUCUGAGAAGGAGUUUAAGGCUACAGUGGACACUGUGAAGAAAUUUCAAGAGGGUGUUGGCAAAGAGCUGCAUCAGAAACUACUGCAGAGAGCAAAGACAAAGAAGAACUGGCUGGAAGAAUGGUGGUUAGACAGUGCUUAUCUGGAGUUGCGCAUCCCCUCUCAGCUGAAUGUGAACUUUGGUGGUCCUGCUCCCUACCUUGAGCACUACUGGCCCCCUGCAGAGGGAACUCAUCUGCAGAGGGCCAGUAUUAGCACAUGGCACACUCUGCAGUACUGGAACCUGAUCCGCACGGAGAGGCUGGCUCCUCAGAAAUCUGGCAAAACAGCAUUAGAUAUGGACCAGUUCAGAAUGAUGUUCUGCACCUGCAGAGUCCCCGGAGUUACGAAGGACACCAUUCACAACUACUUCAAGACAGAGCGUGAGGGUCCCUGUCCGUCUCAUAUAGUAGUGAUGUGUCGCGGAAGGCUAUUUGUAUUUGACGCGAUGUGUGACGGACAAAUCCUCACACCCCCAGAACUACUCAGGCAGCUGAGCUAUGUGAAAGAUUGUUGUGAGGGGGAGCCAGAGGGAGACGGUGUGUCUGCUCUCACCUCAGAUGAAAGGACUCGUUGGGCGAAGGCCAGAGAGUAUCUAAUAAGCAUUGAUCCACACAAUAAGACGAUCCUAGAAACUAUCCAGAGCAGCCUGUUCGUCAUAUCUCUGGAUGAAACGAAACCCUACUCCAGUCCAGAGAACUACACGAAUGUGACCCUGGAAUCCCUUAUAGGCAACCCCACCAUCCGCUGGGGAGACAAAUCGUACAAUUCCAUCGUUUUUUCAGAUGGCACUUUUGGAUCCACUUGUGAUCAUGCACCAUAUGAUGCCAUGGUUCUGGUGUCCAUGUGUUGGUAUAUAGACCAGCAAGUCAAAGCUACAGAAGGGAAAUGGAAGGGUCCAGGCACAGUCAGACCCAUGCCCCUUCCCGAGGAACUGGUUUUUACUCUGGACCAAAAAGUCCGAAGUGACAUCAGCCACGCCAAACAGCAGUACCUGGAGACGACAAAGGAUCUCCAGGUUGUGUGUUACGCCUUCACUGGGUUUGGAAAAGCAGCCAUCAAACAGAAGAAACUGCAUCCUGAUACCUUUAUUCAACUGGCGAUGCAGUUAGCCUACUACAAAAUACACAAAAGGCCAGGAAGCUGUUAUGAGACAGCGAUGACUCGCAAGUUCUACCAUGGCAGGACAGAGACGAUGCGAUCCUGCACCCAAGAGGCCGUGAACUGGUGUAAAGCCAUGACGGACCCUAAAUGCAAUAUUGAUGUCAAGAGGAAAGCCAUGCUGCUGGCCUUCAAUAAACACAACAAGCUGAUGGCUGAAGCCCAGGAAGGAAAAGGUUUUGACAGGCAUCUUUUUGGGCUUUAUCUUCUCGCCAAGGAGGAGGGACUUCCCACUCCUGAUCUCUUCAUGGAUCCCCUCUACACAAAGAGCGGCGGUGGCGGGAACUUUGUGCUGUCGUCCAGUCUGGUGGGCUACACUACAGUCCUCGGGGCUGUAGCUCCCAUGGUGCACCAUGGUUAUGGCUUCUUCUACCGCAUCAGAGAUGACAGGAUUGUGAUCUCCCUCUCCGCUUGGAAAUCUUACCGUCAGACAGACGCAGCAACAUUAUUCAACAACUUCUCUAACACCCUGCAUGAGAUGUUUCACCUGGCCACCACAUCUCAGCUUUAAAUACUCACAGCAGGACGCAGAGGAGCUGACAACAGGCUAAUGUGCACAUUUAGCUUUAACCUGUCAGCCCUGGUUGGAACAUUAAUGCACACGCAGCUGACAAACCAGCAGUUAAUAGCCGACAGCUAGCAAUAAUCAUGUUUUCUCUCAGCACAGAUCAAUGCAAGUGUACAGAAUCACCACCAGGGGUGAUAUCCACUGGUUUUGGCAUUUCAAAAAAAAAUCACUAAACUUUUCAGUUAUUUUUAUGGGUGUAAAUUGGUUUUUUGGAUGUAUAUAUUUUCCCUGAUUCUCAGAUUUUCAUGUUUCUAAUGAGUUUGUUUAAUUUUAUUUUUUCAAUUUUUUUAAUCCUGACAGUAUUAAUCUGCAUUUAAACUGAGCUAAUGUUAAGGCACAUGACUUUUUUUGUAAUGUUUGCCAGAAGCUGAGACCGUUCUAAGGUGGAGCACUGUAGAAGAUAACUUCUGGUUCUGACUUGGCCUUAGAUUGUGCUGUGAUAUUAAAGGUUAUUCCAAGUAAACCUGUAAAAGGUGACUUUGAUAGCUAAAUAAAAUUGUUUUAGGUUAGGUUUCCCUUUGAAAAUCUACAGAAAUAUGCAACAGCAGUACUCAAGAAUUAAAGGAUUUGACUGGCGAUUUUCUAUAUUUUUAUGGCAUUAUGUUUUCAGGUUGUCCGUCCGUUCGUCCCGUACUAUCAUGAACACAAUAUCUCAGGAUGCCUUGAGGAUAUUGACACACAUGGCCACUUGGACUCAAGGAUGAACUGAUUAGAUUUUGUUGGUCAAAGGUCAAAGGCCAAGGUCACUGUGACCUCACA